ACGAGAGAAGCGAGGCGCAGAUGGAGAAGUGGGUGGCGGUAAGUAGCGGAGGAGGAGGGGGCGGGGGGAGGUGGAGUCGGUGGGAGGACAUGAACCCGGAGGUGCUGGCGCUAGUGUUCGUGGGGAUGCCGGCGGACGUGCUGGCGCGGACGGUUCCGUUCGUGUGCCGGUCGUGGCGGGAGGUGAUGGCAGGGCCGUACUGCUGGUCGGAGAUCGACUUAGACCAGUGGUGCCGCCGCGUCGACCGAUCCGACGUCAUCAACUUCGUCGUCCGUCGCCUCGUCCGCCGCAGCAGGGGCACCCUCCGCCGCCUCUCCGCCUACCGCCUCAGCAACACCGGUUUCGUCUAUGUCGCCACAUCUGUCAGGUUCCUUAGCGUACUUCAAAUACCAAUGAGUGAUGUGACUGACCAGAUAGUGGAGAAGCAUGCAGAAUCGUUCUCAACUCUGACUGUGUUGGACAUUAGUUACUGUCUGAAGAUCACCUCCAAGGGCAUGGAAGCACUGGGGAAGCACUGCAAGGCUUUAGUUCAACUGACGAGGAAUAUGCCUCCACCAGAAUUUGAGACAACCCAGGAUGAUGGUGUGGCUGCCAAGGUGGAUGAGGGGGAAGCCAUGGCUAUAGCCAACAAUAUGUCUGGGCUUGAACAUUUAGAGCUUGCAUACGGGAAGUUCAGCCACCAUGGGUUGGCAGCAAUUUUGACUAACUGCACAGCUCUUAAAAUCCUUGACGUCCGUGGGUGUUGGAAUGUUAAGAUGGAAGACAACAUUGAGGCGAUGUGUGCCAAAAUCCAAUCCUUUAGAGAUCCCUGGGAGGAUGAUUAUGAGUUUAGUUCUUCGGAAGAUGAAGGGGACAACAGUAGUGCUGAAGACGUGGGACUGGUGGAUUGUGAUGCCUCUGAUUAAUCAGAUGAUGACUGAAAUGGUAUGCUUUGAUGGAAGUUUCAGCUGUCACUCUCCCAGAUGCUGUAUGCGACCACUGACUUCCGGCCUUACAGUUAGUGAUUUGGUUCACGUCAGAGAAAAAAGAAGGGAGGUAUGUCGUAUCCUUCUGUAGGGCUUUAGCCAAGCAUGUUUUGUUGCAUUUUCUGACCUGAGAAAAAUAGGGCAACAAAUGGGACUCUCAGUUGGUGCUCAUCGAAGCAAACAUCAUGUCAGCAAAUAUACAAAGAUUGGUCAACCUUGCCAACAUCAGCACCACAACAUUUUCUACAGGCUUAUCAUCCCUACUAUGAACCUUUCGUUAUCUCAACAAUGUC